AUGACCAAGAUAGUUACACUUUUGUUGGCAUAUUCUUUAAUUGUCUCUGAAGUACACAUAUUUUUCAACCCUGGUAUCCUGAUCAAUAAAUAUUUGACCUCAAAUCUGGUAAUUUUAUUGUGCCUAUGUCUAGUACUUCGGAGGGUUGAGUUGCUUCCAUAUGUGCUGUGGUGUAAAAGGCCUAAACUAUGCUUCGUGUUGGAGGUUUUCCUAAUCGUAGUUCUGUUGGAGUUGUUUCUACACUAUAUAUGGGCAAGAUUGAAGAACUACGUGAACAAGAACGCUGAUUAUAUGUUAACAUAUUUGGCAGAAGACCGAGGUCUAGAUGGAGUCAUUUGCCACCUGUGCUGUGGUAUCGCCAACUGCUCCAGCAUAUUCGCUGAUUUAUUACUGAAGUCCUUCAGUUUUACUGUUUUGUUUACAGUCUGUUUAUGUAUCGGGAAUAAAUGA